AUGGUCGCCCCACCAGAGGCCCAGCCUUCGUCGGGAAGGCCGUCAGCCUUGCGACCUCCAAGUGCCAGGCGGCACUCCAAGGCAUCGGCAGCCAAGAAGCUGCCAGCCAAGGCACCUCCACCUGCCCGCCCGACGAAGCAGGCGCCAGCCCGACAGCCUGUUUCGCAGCCUUCUCGGCAGCCUUCUUCGCGGGCGUCACCAACUGCUGCCCAGGCUGCGGUGACACCCGCAGCGGCCGCACCUGCUGCGGUCCCCACUGCGGUCCCCACUGCGGUGGCCGCUCCGGUCCCCACUGCGGUCCCCGCUGCGGCGCCCGCUGCGGGGGCGCCGGCUGCAUUGGCGCCGGCUGCGGUGGCGCCGGCUGCGGUGGCGCCGGCUGCGGUGUCGCCGGCUGCGGUGGCGCCGGCUGCGGUCGCGCCGGCUGCGGUGGCCGCGGUCAAGGUGGAAAAGUCUGGCAGCGACCUGGAAGUCGAAGUCGUCCCCAAACGCUCGAAGGGCCCGGAAGGCGUUCCGGCAGCACCCACUGCGCAAGCGGCCGCUACAAAGAUCCUGCAGUCGGAGCCCGCGAAGAGCGUGGAGGCAGCGUCGGAUCCCACUCCGACCACGGCAGCAUCACCCUCGGGAGCUGAGAGCUGCGGCAAGGACGCUGAGGAGCCGCCUCCGGACGAACCCGGCCAGGAGCCUCCCAAAGGUCAGCAGCCAGAAGCUGCUGUGACUCUUCGACAUCUUCAAGUGGCAGCAGGCCCCGAGGCGCCUCGGGCUGCCGGCGGGUCCUCGCCUGCAGAGGAGGCGCCCACGGAGGCGGCUCCGUCCUCGGCGGCGUUGGGGCCGUUGGGGCGGACUCUGGCCACCCUUCUGCCUUCGGCGAGCUUCCAGGCCGUGCUGACGGAGGCCUUGUCCUUGGUGCAGGAGGUGGCCUUGAGGUGCCUCGCGGGGGAUGCCCAGGUGAAGCCCUUUGGGUCACUUCUGCAGGGCACGUUCCUGGAAGGAUCCGACCUGGACCUUUUCAUCUCCAGCGACGCCUUGGGCAACCAGUCCCAGGGACGGCGCUGGCAUCAGGCGCAGGUGUCGGCGCUCCAGACCUUGAUGCAGGGGCUGCCGCAGCAGAUCUUCGUGGUCAAGGAGACCCGCUUCGGCUGGCAUGUCCGCGUUCCCAUCUUGAUCCUGGACUUCUUCCCCCCGGCCUCCGGGCCCUUGGAACUCCAACUGCGGGAGCCCAUCCAGGUCGACAUUAGCAUGGGCGAGCUGGACUCCUGCGGUGUGCCCAAGGGCCACGUGGACCAGCUGAUCCAGCAUGCGCUCGCCAACGUGCCCAAGGCGUCUUGCCUAGUGCUGCUGGUGAAGCGGUGGGCGAAAAUCGAGGGCCUCAACAAGUCCUUCGAGGGUCACCUCUCCCCACUGGCCUGGACGCUGCUUUGCCUCUAUUUCCUGGUAGUCCGGGGGGUGCUGCAGCAGAGCGCCCUGGCCGCUGUGGGCCGAGGAACGCCCCCGGCGCCCAGCGCGCAGCUCUGCGAGUCCUGCGUGUCGCAUCACGAGCUGGCGGACUUCUUCGACAUGGCGACCCCUCCGAACUGA